AUGGCGAAAGAUAUGAAAAUUAGUCGAAGUUCGAUGGAAAGGAUCCUCAAAGACAAGCUGAAGCUCACCUGUUAUCAUGUAAGAAAAGCAGCCAUUUUCUCGAAAGCUACAACCAAGAAACGGCUUGAAAUAUCAAUAAAGCUCCUUCAGCGCACGCGCACUGAAGAACACUUGGUUACAGUGUUCUCUGACGAGAAGCUGAUCACGGUACAGGCCGAAUUCAACCCUCAAAAUCAUCGAGUACUUGCUAAGACGUCUGACGAAGCUUUUGGCAACGGAAGGACCAUUCAUCGAGCCUCUCACCCCGCUAGUGUGAUGGUUUUUCGGAGCAGUGUCUGCUGA